UAUCGUUUUCCCGAAUAAGGGGAAAUCAGCUGUUCUCGCCGUCACGAACGUGAUUGUAAAUUGAAGUAAAAUUGUAUAAUUGUUGUAUUAAAACACAAGCCUGGUCGACCGAUGGAUCCCAAUUUGCGUAACCUCAAGGACUUUCUCACAUUAUACAACAAAGUGACGGAACUGUGCUUCAGCCGAUGCGUGGAUAACCUGAGCCAGCGCGCGCUGGGCGGCCAGGAGGACAUCUGCGUGGACAGGUGCGUCACCAAGUUCGCCCGCUUCAAUCAGAAUAUGAUGAAGGUCUAUGUGGACGUGCAGACCACCAUCAACGCCAAGCGCCUGGAGGAAGUCGAGGAGAACGCCCGCAAGGCCGAGCAGCUGCAGAAGGAGCAGGAGAAACAGCGACUGAAAGAGGCGGCCGCCACGACAGUACUUACUCCUGUCCAGCCGCCUGUCGGCGGCAAUCUGUCCAUGUAGCAGCAGUCCUCGGGGUGGUGUGCCACGCCG